AUGCUUUCCCUCUACCCUUUGAGGUCUCUCCGAUCGUUGAGACCUCUAUCUGUGGGACCAUCCCUGAGGUUCUGGGCCGCGAGAUUAGGCUCAAACCAACUCCGAGCUCCCAGGCAAGCUUUCAGCAUAUCUGCAACUCAAUUCCAGAAGAAGGUUGAAGACAAGAAACUCCCUCCAGUCACCUCGAAGCCUGAGUUUAAGAAAGUUGCCGCCUCGGAAAAUUUCUCCAUCCCAAAGCCCUCUGAGAUUUCCUCUCAGGUGUACACGGUUCCUAACAUGUUGACAAUGACUAGGAUAGCCACAACACCUUUUAUAGGGUACUUCCUUGCAACAGGCCAAUCUACGCCCGCCAUCGGCCUUUUCGUAUACUCUUGCAUCACCGAUUUUGCGGACGGUUUCAUUGCACGCAAGUAUAAUCUCAAGUCGGUCUUAGGAUCCAUUCUAGAUCCACUUGCGGACAAAUUCCUCAUGACGGUUUGCACUGUGGCACUUUCUGUACAGCAUAUCAUGCCAUGGUACGCCGCAACCCUUAUUCUCGGAAGAGACGUCUUGCUCAGUUUCGUAUCCUUCUACAUUCGUUGGAGAUCGCUCCCCCCACCUAAAAACCUUAAAAGGUUUCUCGACUUGUCGAUCCCAACCCACACAGUACAUCCAAACCUUUUGGGUAAAGUCAACACGGCAUUACAGAUGUUCUAUAUCGGGGGCUUGGUGCUCCUCCCGUGGUUUGACGAAAUGACUGGUAUGCAUGAGACACUGGCCCUUGUGUUUGAAUACUUUGGGUAUCUUGUGACAGCUACCACGUUUUGCAGCGGGGCGAGCUAUCUUGUGGGGCGGAACGGAGCUAAGCUUCUUGGCCGCUAG